UUCAAAACCGGAAGUAAAUAACAAGAACAUUGUUUUAAUUUUCUACUAGAAAAUCCAGAUAAAUUUGUUAUUUACCUGCGUUAUGUGAGUUUGUCAUUCAAGGAAAAGGUUUUAAGAACAAUGGAUUGUUACUUGCUGACACUUUAUGUAUCACUAGAGCAGGAACUGGCAAUCAGAGAAUUGUUUGUUUACAAUGGAUGGAACUUCAAUAAAUAUCAAGUUUCUGAAUAUGAAGGCUACAGUUCAAAACCAAACUCAAGCCCAAGUUUGCAGAGGAAAGAUGAUAUUAAUGUUUUAGAUGUGACGGAUUCACCACAAGCUAAAUUAAUUGAUAGUGAAAGAUCCAGCAUAAAAAAUGGUGAUCUUGUUUCAGAUAGUCAAAAGGAAAUAUUCUCUGAUCUUCAGCAUUUUGUGGAAGCAACAUUGAUUGCAGUAAGUUCUGAUUGUGAUAAAACUGAUCAGUGUGGUAUUGAACCCGAUUUAAGUGAUAGUAGUAAUAGUCCAGACAUUUUAGCUAGGAACCAGCCAUGCUCUUCUGAAAGUAUAGCUGUAGAGGAAAAUGGUACCAGCACUGGUUCUGUUAAUGUCUAUGAUGAAGAUGGGGUGAGAACUGGAUCAGUCAGUGAUUUGGAAACCGGCAGCAAUGUUGUUGAUCUUGAUAGUUCUAGGUUUAAAACCAGAAAUGAAAUUAAAGGGGAGAAUGGAGUAGUCGAAGGCGGUGAUUUAAUGAUAACUAACAUAAAAUCUGAUACAAGAAGCAACAAUAUGUUAACCAAUGAAAACAAGACUUCCUCUGACUUAAGCAAUUUAAAUGAUGCAGAUUUACUAGAAAACGUUGAUUCAAAGUCAGUCAUGUAUGGUAAUAGCAAACCUAGCGCGAGUCUAGAUUCUCUUCCUGUAGAAAAUAAUGUCAAGAAUGACUACAAAAGUAAAAGAAAGAGAGCUGCAGAUAUGAAUAUUUGUAUGACAAGAAGUCAAAUGAAAGGUAGGAUGAGAUUAAAGGAGAAAAAACUGGAUACAAGAAAAAAAUGA